UGAAAUGUUGACCGUUGCAUUUAUUUAAGAACGGAGGAAGUAUAAAAUACCACUAUUCGACUCGAUUUUGAGUUAAACCCUACUAACAAGGUACCGAGCAUAUCUUUGGCAAAAUUCAAAAAAAAAUUAACGACGGUGGAGACCAUCCUUCAUGAGGUUCGCGGCCGUGUCUGUCAGGCUGACAGAUGUUACCUCUCCAGCAAUACAAGUUGCAUAACAUCAGAAAUUCAGAAUUACAUAAAAUAAAAAAUACUAGUAUACUACUACCGGAUGUUACAGCAAAAAUAAAAGAAUUCUUCAUUUCUGGUCUCUGCCUAGAUGCAGAAGAAAAAUGGAAUCGAGGGAAACUUUUGCUUCCCAAGAAGCAGCUCCAACCCCUUACAUUUCCAAUAAGUCGAUGCAUGAGAAACCCAAACAGGGAAUCGAGGAGUUCGAGACUCUUCCCUCCAGUGUUAACAGUAGCAAUGAUCGAGAACAUAGAGUAGUUUCAGAAGUUUAUCCAAAACCCGACUCGCACAUGUCUCCGGGCCAAACCCGGAGAAGAUCAAAGCCUGGCUUGAGGAGAAUGAAGGGAGGGAAGUGGGGCGCUGUGAUCAGAAAUCCGUUUACCAAACGGCAGGUUUGGCUGGGCACUUAUGAUUCAGAGGAAGCAGCUUCGCACGCUUACAAUUCCAUGAAGCUAGAGUUCCAGAAAGCCAAACAAGGAAUAGAGAAGGAGGUCGAGACUAGUCCAUCUGGUUUUCACGAUCCGGAUCCGGAUCCGGUGCCCGGUUUGUGCAUGGAUGAGGGGCAAAACCCGAGAAGCUUGAACCGUGGGUUAAGGAAAAUGAAUAAUGGGAAAUGGGGUGCUGUGAUCGGAGACCCGGUACUGAGGCGGCAGGUUUGGCUGGGAACUUUCCAUUCCAAGGAAGCAGCUUGGAUAGCUUACCAUCACAAGAAGCUGGAGUUCGAGAAAACCAAACGAGUAAAGAAGCAGAUUAAAACUAGCAAAAAGACUGCAUGUCCAGUCCCAUUGACCGAUCCGGCGAAGAAACCAGUUUUGGAUCCGCACUCGGAUUCCGAUUCUGGAAGGAAUUUGGUUAGUCAACCCGUUUCACCCACUGAUCUCGUUCACAAACCCGAAUCACCUGCAGGUCCUAAUCCAAAACCGGAUUCGGGUACGGGUCCUGACCCGCAACACGCUUCCAGUAAGGGUCCUAAUCCGCUACCCAAGUCGAUUACGGGUCCUGAUCUGCUACCCGAGUCGAUUACGGGUCCUGACCUGCUACCCGAGUCGAUUACGGGUCCUGACCUGCUACCCGAGUCGAUUACGGGUCCUGACGUGCUACCCGAGCCGAUUAAGGGUCCUGAUCCGCUACGCCAUUGUCCAACGGAUUCGAAUCUGGGUAUGGGUCAUAGGAUGAGAGCCACGAAUCCUGGGGUUAGGAAGGAGAUUGGGGGAAAGUGGGGGGCGGUGAUAAACAACCCGUUCACCGGGCGGCGCGUUUGGCUGGGAAUGUUCAACACAGAGGAAGCAGCUUCGUGCGCUUACCUUUCUAAGAAGCAGGAUUUCGAGAGAAUUGCUAAAGCCAAACAACGACUGGAGAAUGAGAAGAAGCAGAAUCCGAUUAUCACUGAGCCGGAAAAGACCGCAGUUUCUGAUCCUGGACCGGGUACCAACAGAACUUCAGAAGAAGAAGCUUCACAGGCUUACGAAUCUAAAAAAACAGAGGAUUUCAAACAUGGCGAAUCGGAGAUUGAGGAAAGCAAGAUGAUUUCGUCAGCUGAGGUAAACCCAAUGACCAAAAAAAGUAUUUAUAUGGGAACGUUUCAAACUCAAGAAGAAGAUAAACUAGAAACCUACCAUCAAUCCCAGAAAAUUGAAUUUGAGGAAUCUCGGGUUGUAGAGGAUGAAGAUGAUGGCGGGAUGUGGUUGGGGAAGUGGGUUCCCAUGGCCGACGGGAGAGAAGUAAGUUUCUCUGUGAAAUAUGGAGUUCCCAUAGUUGAUAAUUAUGGGUAUCUGCUUGGUGAAUUCCAGAGAUUGGACGAUGAGCUUUGGAUCUGUAAAGAGGAAGACUAUGCCCAUCAAGCUUAACCUUAGACAAUGCUUUUGGGGUUUAGAAA